AUGCCUUUAAACGAUCCUGAUGGUGUCGACGAGGAUAUCGUUAAACAAGAAGCAAAGCAUUUUCAAAAAGUUCUUAAUAGCUUUGCAUUAUAUAAAUCAAACGCGCUUUCUGCAAAUAACCGAAGAAGAAUUGAUUAUAUUAAUCUUCCGGAACAACAUAAAUUGUUAGUUCCAGGCUUUUUGGAUCGUUUGAAUGAAAUAGAUAAAUCUAUAUCGAUAAAUAAUCAAUUAUUAAAGAAAAUUUUAGCGGAUGGAAAUCUAUUUGUUAACGAAGAAAAUAAUAAUGAUAGCCAAAAUUUAUCUACUAAAGCUGAGAAAGAAGAUGGUGAAGAAGGUGUUGAAGAAGGUGUUGAAGAAUCGAAUUUACCAAUAACAGAACAUGAUAUGGACAGAGUUAGAAGUACGAUCAAACAAUUUGUUAGGGAAUGGGCAUCAGAACGAGAUGCGGCAUAUAAACCUAUUAUAGAAGCUUUACUUGAGUUUUAUAAAGAUGUUCCAAUUGAAGAAAGAAAAAAUAUUCAAGUGUUAGUUCCAGGCGCUGGAUUAGGAAGAUUGGCAUUUGAUAUAGUAAACCAAGAUCAAUUAGUGCCUGUUUAUAUACCAGAUGUGCUGCCUAGUAGUAUCCCACCUGAAUCUGAUUUUUCAAUGGUGGCAGGAGAUUUUACAGAAGUUUAUGGUGACAGUCAACACAUAGAUACUGCUAAAAACAUUAUAGAAUAUAUCGAACUCUUUCAUCGUAUUCUUAAGCCCGGAGGAUUAUGGAUUAAUAUCGGUCCAUUAUUGUAUCAUUACGAGAAUACACCCGGCGAGAUGUCGAUUGAGUUGAGUUUAGAAGAGGUUAAAAUGGUUGUGAAAAAAACUGGAUUUCAAUUUCAGAGGGAAAACAUAUUUCAAUCAACCUAUACAAUUAAUCCAAAUGGAAUGUUAAAAUAUUUAUACGAUUGUGCAUUUUGGACAUGUGUAAAACAAUAA